AUGACCACGCACGACAAGCGACACUCGAAAAGAGCGCAAAAAAUCAUGGUGAACGCUCAGUCGGAGCCGGUGGCGGCGGGGAGUGUGUGCGGUGCGGCGCGCGGUGACCCGGCCUCCGAGCAGUGCGCGGCGCGAGCGGAGCCGCCGGCUCAGGAGCGUGUGCGGUGUGCGGGCCGAGUGGACUGGCCAGACGGUGUUCGGAGCGCCUCUGCGCGUGAGGCUCACCCGGAGGAAGGAGUUGUCACACAGCUCGGAGCUCAGUCGGCACCCGCGGCAGAGCCCGCCGGGCCACCACCAGCGGACAACGGCGGACCACCAGAGAUUCACAGGUGGACGGGUCGGCGUCUGAUGCCGGCCGCCGCCGCCCGCUGGGCCCAGCACAGCGCGCGCUCAGCCGCGCCGCUCUGACAUGGCCGGCGGCGGCACGCUCUGCAAG